GUGUCCAUGACGUUUGAACGUCGUGCCGACGGUACGUCCUUGUGGCUGGGGCAGAAACGCGUGCAGCGGCGGGUUGGGAUAUCGAGUGACAACGGAGACUGGCCUGGGAAUUGAGCGCUCUUGUGUACUUCGAUACGAUCGAUAAUAGAUCACCUUGUUUAUUUUACUGGGACUGGCCGAUCGCGGAUAAUUGUCGUUGCUUUCGCCAACUAGGUCACCAUGUCCGUUCGCCGCGUCCGACGGGUUUUGGCUCCGUGUGCUCGAUUCCUUUCGACAGCUGCAGAUUCGUGCCUGGCGAGCACAGAGCUGCUUCAGAAGCGCAGCCAGCUAUUUGACAAGGAGAAAGACAGACAGCGAGCCCUGAUCCCAAGGAUUGAGAAAAUUGAAGUUAAACAUGUGGGGACACCUGAUCCUGGAACAGUCUUCAUCAUGAACAAGGGCCUUUCCACUCCUUACAACUGUGCCAUGCAUAUGAGUGAAUGGUGUGUAAAGCGUUCUAUACUUGCACUGGUGGAUGGGGAAGUCUGGGAUAUGUAUAAACCCCUCACCAAAUCCUGUGACAUUCAAUUUCUGACUUUCAAGGAUGAGAACCCAGAAGAAGUUAAUAAGGCUUAUUGGCGAUCAUGUGCAAUGAUCAUGGGGUACGUCCUUCAAACAGCAUUUAAAGAAGAGUACAUUGUUGAACUCAUUACAGCACCAGAAAUACCAGUGAUUUCUGGAGCUUUCUGUUAUGAUGUCAUAUUGGAUGGACGAUUAGAUGACUGGAUACCUUCGGCGGAGAACUUGCGUUCCCUCACCAAACAGGCUCACAUGCUUAUUCAUAAAGACUUACCCUUUGAAUUGUUGGAAGUGGCACCCAAGGUUGCAGUGGAAAUAUUUCACGAGAACAAACACAAGUUGGCUGCAAUUGAGGAGCAGGCAUCUCUCAAUCCCAACAAACUUGUAAAGUUGUACAGGAUCGGUGAUUUUGUAGAUGUCAGCAAUGGACCACACAUUUCCAGGACCAGUGUCUGUUUGCAGUAUGACAUUACUGCUGCCCAUAACCUGAGAACAUCCCAGUCCGGACUGGUGCGGAGAUUCCAGGGGAUCUCUCUGCCCAUUCAUCUGAAGGUCCUUUUCUCCGUGUGGGAAAGAUUAAGGCAGAGAUCCCAGAAGCUGAUUACAAAAGACCAGGGUCACACAGAGACAGUGGAAGCAAGAGCGUCGUGAACAGUUUGUGCAGACAUCGGCCAACUUGCUUUUAAAAAAUCUGUAACAUAAGUAAAUUGAUUAAUUAUGCACACUGUCAAAUAUAAAAUAUUAUCCUGAAUGAUCCUGUUGUGUUAAAGAGGGAUGUGUACUGAGAAUUUUGAUCUGGAAUGUGCUUCACAAAAGGUGGGGAAAGCAGCCUGAGUACUUGGGGAAGAAGCUGGCGUACUGGUAAUGUCACUGGACAGGUCAUCCAGAGCCCAGCGGCGGGUGGUGAAAUUGGAAUUCAAUAAAAUCUGGAUAAAAAUUAGCCCAAUUCAACUCUCUGACCACUGUAUAAACCCAUCCAGUUUACCGACGUCCUUCAGGGAAGGAAAUCUGCCAUCCACAUCUGCUCUAGACUGCAUGUGACUCCAGAUCCACAGCACUUCCACAUCUCGGGAACAAAGAAAAGGAAUGGCCGUUUCAAAAUGAGAGUAGAUAUGUCAAUGGAGAAAUUUGUACAGAAGGAAUAUGUACGAUGGGACAAAUGGCCAGUAGAAUAUCAUUCCAUGUCAGGAUUGGGACAGUGUGUCAGGGCUAGAGGGUCUCUCUAGUUUCUUGAAAUCACAGAUCCUUUGAGUCCUAGUUGCACACAGCUGGUUGUUGUUGAGUAUACAGCCUUGUAAAACCAGAGGCCUUGCAUGAGAGGUCUUCUGACAUGCACGCCCAGUGUGCUCCAGGAGCGCCAACGCAGGUAAUCUGGAUGUGGAUGUUAACUGAUAGCUCAACUUAGGAGGGAAUCGUAACCAGGCUGAACUCCAUCCUUACUUAAGGCAUGUGGGCAAGUUCAAGAAGACCUGUGUUAAUCUGAAUAGAUAAAAGACUUGUUCCUUUUCCCACAGGUUUCCAUCUAUUUGAGAUUUAUUUGGUACUGAAGAAAAUAAAAUUUCUUUCAAGGC